CACGUCUGUAAACAUCGGUGUGAUUGGUUAAAAUUCAUAUAUGGCCUACUUCAACGUUUACAGUGCAAUAACAGAGAAGGUGAUCGCCUAGGAUUGCCAAAUUAUUUUCUAGAUUACUACUUUCUACUUCAGUUAGUGUGUAAAUAUGUCGAGUAGAUCAAACGUAGAGAAUCUGUCCCCACAAGUAAUUCGACAGGUGUCCAAAGAAUUAAGUGAUCUAGCUACCAAACCCCCAGAAGGAAUAAAAGUGUUUUUAAAUGAAGAGGAUAUCACAGACAUCAAAGCCAUCAUUGAAGGACCAGCUGGAACUCCGUACGCUGGUGGUGUGUUCCGCAUGAAGCUUGUGUUGGGCAAAAAUUUCCCAUCAGAGCCACCUAAAGCCUAUUUUCUCACCAAGAUUUUCCAUCCAAAUGUUGCAACAAAUGGAGAGAUUUGUGUGAACACACUAAAGAAAGACUGGAAAGCAGAGCUGGGACUCAAGCAUGUGUUACUGACAAUAAAGUGUUUGCUGAUAGUGCCAAAUCCGGAGUCUGCCCUCAACGAGGAGGCAGGCAAGCUGCUGCUGGAACAAUAUGAAGACUACUCUCAUCGAGCGAAAAUGUUCACAGAAAUACAUGCAAAACCUCCGAAACUCAUGACAGCCGAUGCAUAUAAUCCAAAGGAAGACAAACUUACUGAUGGUCCAAUGGCAAAGAAACAUGCUGGUGACAAGAAGCUCUUAGACAAGAAGAAAAAGGAAAAGAAAAAAGUGUUGAAGCGCUUGUGAUGUGCUUAACAGACAUAUUGUGGACCGAGUCCGCUAUCUCAGUACUGCAUCAAUGCCAGCCCUCCUUUUCAUGUGAUGGGGCCGUACAGCGACCGUGUGGGUGCAUGUCUCGGGUGGGGCAGUUUGCCCUGUGUGAAUGUCUGGGGCCUCAAGACGGACGACGUUGUGCCCUGGCUCGAUCUGUCUGAAGGGUCAUAUUUUAGUUUGCCUGCUGACCAGGAAGUCAUGUGGGGAUGUCUCUAAUCUUGACUUUGCGUGUCUUGCAAAUGAAAACCUAAUUUGGCUGUAUUUGAGCAUACACUGUAUAUGUGCAUGGGUUGUACAUGUGACAUACUGAUAAAAACGUUAUAUGUUGCCAUUUAUUCAUUGUGUGCUCAAAUACAGUUGUGUCUACUGAGAAGUCUGUUUUUUCUUCAUUCAAGAGACCGCAUGUACUUACCAUUUCACCUGCUUAGAACAGUGCUCUCAAUUUUAUAUACCUCAAUCAUUAAGAUCAUGAUACAGCUUGUCUCAGUAAAGAUUAUGAUCAGGGAUUUACUCAUUCAUUAUCAAACUAAAGUUAAGAAUUCCAAAAUGCAUCAUAGUUGAAAUAAACACAUGAUCCAAGGUCAUUGGGGUGCACGCGUGGUUUAAUAGUGCUGUUAAAUAUUUCCAUACAUUCAUUACAAUCACUUCAUGCAAAUUUAGUUUCAUCAAUAAAACAAUUUUUAUGAAUCCAAUGUCAUUUUCAUAAUCUGUCAGGAAAAAGUUUGUAUCACAACACCAGCUUUCCAGCCAGUAUGUCAUUCUCAGCGAGCAUUGUUCUUUACAAGUGAUGGGGUUGGAGAUGCAUGCAGUUGUUAAUUACCUCAAGAAAAAGAACUGUAAUUUCAGAUGUCUCUGAAUGAACUUUAUUCUGUCUAUUAUGUUCUUGACAUUUUGUCCUCCUGUUACAUUUGUAUUAUUUAUUACUCAGUGAAGUGAUCCUGUGCAGGUUUGCAAUUUUACAUUUGCAGAUUAAUGUAUGUUGGUCUACAAGACUUGUACAUAUGUACACUCAUCUGUGAAUAUAUCUCUUUUAAUUUAUGACCGAGUCUUAUGGCCCUGAGUGCAUGCAUGUGUGUAAAUGUCAUUGUCAUUUUUCAUAGAUCAUCAAGAUAAUAAAUUUGUACAUACACUUAA